AUGAAAAAAGAAAUAUUCGAAAGCAAAAUCAAAUCAGAAAGAGAAGAAGCUACCAGUCAAAAUGACGACGGCAUGAUGACGAGAUCAGCGAAGGGUUUACAGCGGUGGAAGAUUGAAGGUGAUGGUUUCGAACGGGGACAUGAGCUUGAGACAAGAGUUAUUGCGCAGAUUCUGGCGAGGUUCGAAGGUUGGUGCAUGAUCAUUUUUGUGCAAAUUUUAGACAGUUUAGGUGUAGAUUCUGGACAGGUUUGGACUGGUAUAGCAGUGUGGUAUAGCAGGGAAAUGAUGCAGGUUUUGGAAUGGUUCUUAUACAGGUUUUAG